CAUGGCCGCUGUCCAGGGAGCUAUUUCGAAGCGCCGCAAGUUCGUCGCCGACGGUGUCUUCUAUGCCGAGCUGAACGAGUUCUUCCAGCGCGAGCUGGCUGAGGAGGGUUACUCUGGCGUCGAAGUCCGCGUUACUCCCACCGUCACCGAUAUCAUCAUCCGUGCCACCCACACCCAGGAGGUUCUUGGUGAGCAGGGCCGCCGCAUCCGCGAGCUUACCUCCCUCAUCCAGAAGCGCUUCAAGUUCCCCGAGAACUCGGUCUCCCUCUAUGCCGCCAAGGUCCAGAACCGCGGUCUGUCCGCCGUCGCUCAGUGCGAGUCCCUCCGCUACAAGCUCCUCAACGGUCUUGCCGUCCGCAGAGCCUGCUACGGUGUCCUCCGCUUCAUCAUGGAGAGCGGCGCCAAGGGUUGCGAGGUUGUCGUUUCUGGCAAGCUCCGUGCUGCCCGUGCCAAGUCCAUGAAGUUCACUGACGGCUUCAUGAUCCACUCCGGUCAGCCCGCCAAGGAAUUCAUCGACAGCGCCACCCGCCACGUUCUCCUUCGCCAGGGUGUCCUUGGUAUCAAGGUCAAGAUCAUGCGUGGUUCCGACCCUGAGGGCAAGUCCGGCCCCCAGAAGACCCUCCCCGACUCCGUCACCAUCAUCGAGCCCAAGGAGGAGCAGCCCGUCCUGCAGCCCAUGAGCCAGGACUAUGGCGCCAAGGCUCUUGCCGCCCAGCAGCUGGCUGAGCAGCAGCGUCUUGCCGAGGAGCAGGCUGCUCAGGCCCAGGAGGGUGCCACCGCAGAGACCUAUGCCCAGGAGUAAUUUUCUUGUUCUCCCUUAGGUCCUUUGCAUUUCUCAAAUUCCAAAUUUCAAUUUUUUUUCCCUCUUCGUUCCUGUCGUCUACCUCACGCAAUAAAACUACAUCAUGAACUUCUACUACCGAUUCCCCCACCCAGCUAUCAACCCCGCCAAACUAUCUGGUUUGGUCGUCGCGGGAAUCCACCCCUUUCACAUAAAUAGCUCUACCUUCUAGAUGCCUGGUGUGAAAAACCUAGGCAUGUGAUGUCCGGAACGAAAGAUUUAAAAGCUGGCUCGAAUCUUGGGAGUGUUGCGGUGACAAGAUUCAAAAAAAGUUCAAAAGGGACAAGUGGAAAAGAACAGACAUACAUUCUGGCAUAAAAAACAUACUCUCUUCC